CUCACUGCGCUGAAGAGGAGAGAGCUGCUAACAUCCCCUCUCAGAAGAUCCUCUGAGGCCGUGAAGAUGAGUGUGUGUUUGGAGGAUGGACGAUGGCCUGAUGGAGUCAGCUGUGUGUCGAUGAAGAGCAGCAUGUCUAUGGGACAGCCCAUUGUAUUUAAAGAAACAGAUUCCAGGAUCUGUAGAGGGACGUCUACAUGGAGUGAAUGCAGCGAUGAUACCGGGCAGAAAAAGAGAAGGAAGAACGGUGGAGUCAGGUCAAAGCGUCAGUACUCAUCCAGCAGAAGCCUAGACUCCACAAACUCUACAAAUCACAACCACUCAGUCUGGGACUGUCCUGGUUCAGCAAAAAUCCAUCUGAAAGAAAGAACCAGAACUGGACAGGACGAACACAAUGAGACCAGAACCAUGGGAGGUCAACAGGAAGUGUUUCGUGCUUAUAGGAUCAGCCUGAAGAGGAGGUUUGAACUUGUUCCUGAAGGAACUGAUGAGAGAAGUAGAACCCUUCUGAACAGGAUCUACACUGAGCUCUACAUCACAGAAGGACAGAGUGAAGAGGUGAACACACAACAUGAAGUCUGGCAGCUUGAGAAAGCUUCCAAGAUGGAGAGCCUCCAUGAAAUGCCCAUCAGGUGUCAGGACAUCUUUAAAGCCUUACCUGGCCAACAGACACCCAUCAGAGUGGUUCUGACCUACGGUGUGGCUGGUGUUGGAAAAACCUUCUCUGUGCAGAAGUUCACUCUGGACUGGGCAGAGGGCUCAGAAAACCAAGACAUCAGUCUGCUGGUUCUGCUUUCAUUCAGGGAGCUGAACUUGAUCAGAGAUGAGCGCUACAGUCUUCUGGAGCUGCUCCGUGUUUUCCAUCCAACAUUCCAGAAGGUCAGAGCGGAGACGCUGGCUGUCUGUAAACUUUUGUUCAUCUUUGACGGCCUGGAUGAAAGCAGACUGUCGUUGGAUUUCCACAACAAGGAGGUCGUGUCAGACGUCACAGAGAAGUCAUCAAUCAGUGUGCUGAUAACCAACCUCAUCAAGGGGAAUCUGCUUCCCUCAGCUCUCAUCUGGAUAACGUCUCGACCUGCAACAGCCAAUCAGAUCCCUCCAUCGUAUGUUGACAAGGUAACAGAAGUCCGAGGCUUCACUGACGCCCAGAUAGAAGAGUACUUUAAGAAGAGGUUCAGUGAUGAAGAUCUGUCAAGUGAAAUCAUCUCCCACAUCAAGACAUCCAGGAGCCUCCACAUCAUGUGUCGAAUCCCAGUCUUCUGCUGGAUCACUGCUACAGUUCUGGAGCACAUGAUGAACACGGAGCAGAGAGGAGAGCUGCCCAAAACUCUGACGGACUUGUACUCACACUUCCUGUUGGUUCAGACCAAGAGGAAGAAGCAGAAGUAUGAUGAUGGUGAAGAGACAACCUCUCAAGAACUAUCAAAAUCUGACAGGGAAGUUCUUCUGAAGCUGGGGAGGCUGGCGUUUGAAUAUCUGGAGAACGGAAACAUCAUGUUCUACCAAGAAGACCUGGAGCGCUGUGGUCUGGAUGUCACAGAGGCCUCGGUGUACUCAGGAGUUUGUACUGAGAUCUUUAAAAUAGAGAGUGUGAUCUUCCAGAAACCAGUGUACUGCUUUGUUCAUCUGAGCGUUCAGGAGUUCCUUGCUGCUGUCUACAUGUUCCACUGUUUCACAAAGAAGGACAGCGAGACACUGGAGACUUUCCUGGGGAAAGCCUGGGGCAGGUUCAGAAUCAGUGACCCUCCUUUGGACACAUUCCUCAGGAACGCCAUGGAUGAAUCCCUGAAGAGCCAAAAUGGCCAUUUGGACUUGUUUGUUCGCUUCCUUCAUGGUCUCUCUCUGGAGUCCAACCAGAGACUAUUGAAAGACAUUUUAGCUCCAACAGAGAACAAUCCAGCCAGCAUCCAGAAAGCAAUCAACAACCUGAAGCAGCAGAGCACCUACGAGAUCUCUCCAGAAAGAAGCAUCAACAUCUUUCACUGUCUGAUGGAGAUUAAUGACCAGAUAGUCCACCAGGAGAUCCAAAAGUUCCUGAAAUCAGAGAACAAAUCAGAGAUAAACCUCUCUGAGAUCCACUGCUCAGGUCUGGCUCACAUUCUGAAGAUGUCAGAGAAGGUUCUGGAUGAGCUUGACAUGACUGCAUACAGGACAGCAGAGGAGGGAAAACUUCGACUUCUUCCUGCAGUCAGGAACUGCAGAAAAGCUCGGGUAUCCUGUGGUCGACUUUUUGACACUCACUGUGAAGUUCUGGCAUCAGCUCUGAAGUCCAACCCCUCUCAUCUGAAAGAGCUGGACCUGAGCAACAACAAGCUGCAGGACUCAGGGAUGAAGCUGAUGAUUCCUGGACUGGGGAGUCCACACUGUCAACUGGAGACUCUCAGAUUAACUGACUGCUGGCUGUCAGAUACCAGCUGUUCUUCUCUGGCCUCAGCUCUAAAGUCAAACGCUUGUCCUCUGAGAGAGCUGGACCUGAGUAAAAACAAGCUUCAGGACUCAGGAGUGAAGAUACUGUCUGCCGGACUCAAGAGUCCAAAUUGUCGACUGAAAACUCUGAGUUUAAGGCACUGCAGCUUGUCACAGAGCAGCUGUUCUACUCUGGCCCUGGUUCUGAAGUCUAAAACAUCCAAACUACGAGAUCUGGACCUGAGUUACAACCAGAUUCAGGACUCAGGAGUGAAGAUGCUGUCUGCUGGACUUGAGAGUCCAUCCUGUCACCUGGAGACUCUGAGACUGAGUUUCUGCAGCCUGUCAGAGAGCAGUUGUGCUUAUUUGGCAUCGGCUCUGAAGGCCAACCCCUCCCAUCUAAAAGAGCUGGACCUGAGAGAUAACAAGCUGCAGGAUUCAGGAGUGAAGCUGCUGCGGGCUCAGCAGAGGAGUCCAAAAUACAGAUUGAAAAUUCUGAGGGAAAAAUAAACCAUGUAUGCAGUAGAUGGCUUCUAAGAAGUGAGUACUGAGUGAAAGUGAACUGGGAAUACAUUGACAACAUCAAGUAUGGACACCGAACACCAAACACCCCAACUCCUAAGUUUUCUCCAAACCUGGACCUGGUGGCCUCUCUUUUGAAAAGCUCUGUCAUGUCUGGAUAAUCAGAAUAAGUUUUUUCUCACUGUGUCCUGGACAACCGAGGACUUUCUCCAGACAUCAUGGCUCCCAGCGACAGAGCAACACAAGGCAGUGACUGGUAUCAAACCUGUCUCUUAAAAUAGCAGAUGAAUGCUGUCAAAAAGGUGGUUACUGAACUUCAGUCACUUUACUUCAACACUGAAUGAUUCAGAUAAAAUCAGGGUGACACUGAUGACAAACAGGGUAAGGUGGCUCACUCUGUAGCUGAACUGUUGAAUGAAGUAACCAGCACCAUGACACGGCCAACAGGAUUUCAAGAAAUGCCAAUACAAUAUACCUAGCUCAAAAACAUUUACUGAAUUGUCAGUAAAAUGGCAUGAUUAAAAACAUUUUAUACCAGAGAAUUGCAGAGAAUUGAGAUUUUUUUGUUUUUAAGAUUUUGCACAGGGGAUGCAUGUUAUGGCUAAAACCAGAAAGCCAAAACCAAAAGUCCUCACAUUUUAGUCUUUACUCUAGUCUAAGCAUUCAUUCAUUACCUAACCUUGCAAAGCAGAUGGAUACGCCUGUUUCCUUGUUUUUCACUGGUGAAUCCAUCUUGUCAAGCUCCCAUCUGAAAUGUUUGGACCUGAUUAGAAAGUGACAGGAGCAAUCAGCGACA